AUGCCAGAUAAAAUGUCAAGGGAACCUUGACGUGUUUCAGCACAGACUUGACCUAAUUAAGAGGUGGGUGCAGUAAAGAAAGCUCAGUGGAUACAGACACUGCCCUCUGUUACCCAGUGGAGCCGAUCAACAGCAAAGUGGACUCUGACCUACCCAGAAGCCCCAUGUGUUUCUCAUCAGUGUGCGUAUAUAAGAAAGAACAGGUCUUUUGCGGACCCUCACAGAAGAUGACAGCAAGUCGCAUUCAACGCCUCCAGGGACCGAAGGAACUUGUAUGACACGCGGCAUAGGUGGAACCAUUUGGGGAGGCUUCUUCUUCUUUAAGCUUUCUUCACACUGAUCCGGCUGCACCAUGGCUGUGCUCGUCCACAUGCUGGCCUGUGCCUUUGGCCUGGGCUCCUGGGUGGCAGUGAACGGCCUGUGGGUGGAACUACCGCUCAUCGUCAACACUCUCCCGGAGGGCUGGGAGCUUCCCUCCUACCUGACAGUCAUCAUCCAGCUGGCCAACCUGGGGCCUCUGCUGGUCACUCUCAUGCACAAACUGUACCCGGGGCGUCUUAAAGAGCAUGUUGUCAUCUACUGCAUCCUCUCCAUCGGCGUCCUCUCCUGCCUCUUGCUCGCCUUCUUCUGGGACCGGACUACGAUAGUGGCUGGGGCAUCACGUAGCACCGCCUUCUUAAUCAUCACCUUCUUCCUCUCUCUGGUGGACUGCACCUCCUCAGUUACCUUUCUGCCUUUUAUGAUGCAGCUUCCGGCAAAAUACAUUACCACAUAUUUCAUUGGGGAGGGGCUGAGUGGAUUCAUUCCUGGCAUCGUCGCUCUGGCACAGAGUGUUGGCAUCGCCAAAUGUGUUAACUCGUCUCAGGCUACAGGAAACCACACGGACGGGGGCUUGUGGUCAUCACACACAGAGUAUCUUCCUCCCAACUUUUCCACAGAGGUUUUUUUUGUCCUCCUAGCAGUCAUGAUGUGCAUAAGCCUGGCUGCUUUUGUUGCACUGAACAGGCUUCCUCGGACAUUCGAGUUGUCUACCGAAAACCUGGUGCCAGACACUGUGGCAUCUGUCUGCUCCGGUCUGGAGAACCCCGGAGCAGAGAUUGAUGGAGAGGGCGUAAAAUGCCAGAGAGAUGGGGCGGUCCAAAGCAAGCCUCUGUUGGCUCGACCACAACUCUCUGUGUCCCAGCUGACCUUGAUCUACUGUAUGGUGCUGUGGGUCAAUUGUGCCACCAACGGCCUGCUGCCCUCUGUGCAGACGUACUCCUGUAAGUCCUAUGGGAACCUGGCCUAUCACCUCUCUGCUGCUCUGGCAUCGGUGGCCAACCCAGUGGCUUGCACCAUUGCAAUGUUUUUCCAAAACAGGUCAGUGGUGUUUCUUGGCCUGCUGACGGCACUGGGGACAGGAUUUGGCAGCUAUAACAUGGCAAUGGCGGCUAUGAGUCCAUGUCCUUUGCUUCAAGGGUCUGUGGCGGGAGAGAUGAUCAUUGUGCUCUCGUGGCUCUUCUUCACUGGGACGCUGUCUUAUGUCAAAGUAAUGGUGGGUGUUAUCCUGAGAGACCGGAGCCACAGCGCACUGGUGUGGUGCGGAGCUGCAGCACAGAUGGGCUCGCUGGUUGGCUCGGUCACCAUGUUCCCACUGAUUAACGUCUACCAGCUGUUUAAGUCAGGGGACUUCUGCAACACCCAUUGUCCUUUAUGACAGUUUGUCUGAGAGCCACAUUCCUGAGGAGGCCGGAGACACUCUCAGUUAAAGGAGUAGUUUGUGCUUUUUAGAUUUCUCCCAACGGUUGAUGGAAAGAUCAACACCACUUUCGCAUCUGUGUGUUAAGUACAGUGCUGGAGGCGAGAUGCCAUUAACUUAGCUUAGCAUAAAGACGUGGCUCUGUCAAAGGUACACAAUCUGCCUCCAAGCACCUCCACAGAUCACUAAUCAGAUCAUCAACUCGUUGACCUUGUAUGAUUCAUGCACAAUCAACAUGUUGUGAAGUUGUAGUCUUAAGUAUUUCUUGAUGAUCAACACAGUUGGAGUGUUUUAAACAAACUUGUGCUGGUAAGUAUUUUUCUUUAACUUGAUAGAGACAGGCUAGUUGUUGCCCUGUUGUUAGUCUUAAUGCUAAGCUAACCAGCUGUUGGCUCGAGCGUCAUAUUUAGUAUAUAAAUAUGAGAGUGGAAUCAAUCAUUUCUUCUAACUCUCUGCAAUAAGCGUUACUUCUCAAAAUGAGGUUCUUCUUAAUAACUGUUGUUAAAGAAAUAAUGUUAGAUGAUUUUUACACCAUGUUUGCACUUAACUUUUUCAAUGUUUGUGUAAAUCCUUUAAUAUGCUAUUAACUUGUAUUAAUAUAAAAUGUAAGAACUGACA